AUGAGCGAAGAAAAGAGGCAAGAUUUACAAGAUACCGGGUUGAUCGAAUGGUCAGUGUUCUCGGAACUUGUUGCGAUGGAUGAAGAUGAAGAAGGCUUUUCCAAGGGCCUAUUCCAAACAUUCGUUGACCAAUUCAAAGACACUUUUAAAGAAAUUGAUGAAAAUGUUAAAACGAAGGAUCUUGACAAAUUGUCGGCAUUGGGUCAUUAUCUUAAAGGUUCUGCCGCCGCGUUGGGGUUAACAACAAUUUCAGCACAGUGUGAAAGAAUACAAAACUACGGACACAAGAACAACUUCGAUGAUUUUGAAGUAGAAGACGAAAAGAUCGAAGAAGACUCUGAUAACUUCUGGAUUUUCCUCAUUGAAGAUGCCAAGGACAAAGCGGAAGUCGAAUUUCUGAAGUCCAAGGAGGCACUUGACAAGUAUUUCGAUGAUGACUUGUAA